CAGUGAGAAAUCAGUUACAAAAUCAAAUCAAAACAAAAAUGAAGCAGUUCGCAUUAUUCGCUGUUUUCUUUCUGAUGCUGGCGGUUGCUUUGGCUGCGAUGCCGCAAAUGCCGCAGAUGCCACAAAUGCCGUCUAAGCAUUUUGGCCAGAUUAUGAACUCUGGCUUUCUUAAACAAAAUGCCGGACAGCAUGGCCAACAGGGCCCGGGACAGGAACACGGACACGGACAGGGACAUGGACAUGGUCCACCACCGCAAGAAGGCCAGAAUGGCGGUGACCAAGAUAAGAACUGAGUGUUAAUUGGUUUUUAAACGGCUGUAAAUGGAUUACUGAAAUGACGUCUCGAUUGAAUAGUUGUAGUUGCUUGGGUGCUCAAGAGUUUAAAUAAAAGUUAUUGCAUGUGUAUAAA